AUGGACAACGUUAACGAAACCUCAAUUGAACGAAGACGUAGAUUGAAAAGAGAGUCUAAUACUCGAACAAAAGCUAACCAAACUUCAGAGCAAAAUGGACGGCGUAAAAGGCAAAAAAGAGAAUCAAAGGCUCGAAAAUCUGCAUGCAAAGCAACUGCUGCACCUGCUCAGUCUUCAUCUUCUACUACUGAUACUAACUUUAUUAUUCCUCUUCCCCUUAAUGGACCUUUACACCAAGAUGACAUUCUUCUGGAUCUUACCAUGUCAACUGUUAAAUCUCCUUCAUUUGCACAAAUCUAUAUUUUUGAUACUGAUAAUGAGACUCAGAAUAGACUUAAUAUCAUGCCCUCUUUAAAUCAGGUAACUCUUGCAGCUCUUCAGAAUAUGCUUCAUGAUAUUAACCCAUAUGUACAAGUUUUUCAACAAACAGUAGGUGAUAACAAUAAUCCAUCUAAUGUAUGCAAUCGUGAUAUUGUUUUACAUUCACAUGAGGGAGGUUUACAGCGUAUAUCUGAGCUACAUAGAGCAUAUGCACCAUUGCAUUAUGUUCUUCUUUUUCCAAGAGGGGAAGAUGGAUGGCAUCCAACAAUUUCAAUCCGAGAUGGGACACAACCACAUUUUCUUGAUGUUGAAGAGCAACAUGAUGAAGAUAGCAUUAAGCCUCAAAAACAUGUCACCAUGAUGCAAUAUUAUGCAUAUCGACUACAAGUAGGUAGACCUGGAGAGGGAAUGAAUCUUCAUCUUUUUGAACGUCUCUUCCAACAAUAUAUUGUUGAUGCAUAUGCAAAUGUGGAACAAAGUCGCCUAAAUUAUUUAAAGUAUAAUCAAAAAAGGAUUCGAGCAGAUCUUUAUAGUGGGCUUCAGGAUGUUUUGACAGCACAGGAUGAAGCAUCUCAAAAUCUAACUGCAGCUAAUAUAGGCAGGCGAAUUAUUCUUCCAUCAAGUUUUACUGGUGGGCCACGACAGAUGCAACAACUAUAUCAGGAUGCAAUGGCCAUUGUACGCAUGUUGGGUAAACCUGAUCUCUUUAUUACAUUUACAUGCAAUCCUGCUUGGCCUGAAAUUACUUCUGAACUUUUUAAUAAUCAGGUAGCUUCAGAUUGCCCUGAUCUCACAGCCAGAGUCUUCAAUAUGAAAUUGAAAGCUCUAUUGAAUGAUAUUAUUAAGCAUCAUAUUUUUGGGAUAGUUGUGGCCUAUGUCUAUGUGAUUGAAUUUCAAAAACGUGGUCUUCCUCAUUCUCAUAUCCUUUUAAUUCUUGAUCAAAGUAGUAAGCCAAAAACUGUUGAAGAUUAUGAUGCUAUUGUGUCUGCUGAAAUCCCUGAUAAAAAUCUUCAUCCUAUGGCAUAUGAUACUAUUUGCCGAUCAAUGAUGCAUGGUCCAUGUGGUUUUGCAUAUCCAAAUGCCCCAUGUAUGAAAGCAGGGAAAUGCUCAAAAAAAUAUCCACGUAGCUUUUGUACUAUGACUUCUAUAAAUGAAAAUGGUUAUCCUGUCUACCGGCGUUCUCAUGAUGGACGGUCUGUUGAGGUUAAAGGUGCACGAUUAGAUAAUUGUUGGGUGGUACCACAUAAUCUUUAUCUUGCUACAAAAUAUGAUGCACAUAUUAAUGUUGAAAUAUGUUCUUCUAUUGCUGCUGUUAAAUAUCUUUUUAAGUAUGUUUAUAAGGGCCAUGACCGAGCAACAGUUGAAAUAGGAAGAGCAAAUGAAGUAGUACCAACACAGGAAAUUAAUGAAAUUCGUCUCUAUUUAGAUGCACGUUAUGUUUUUGCCUCUGAAGCUGCUUGGCGACUAUUUCAUUACAAAUUACAUAAUGAGAAACCUGAUAUUAUGAGACUUCAGGUUCACCUCCCUGGACAGCAUACUGUAAUUUUUCAAGACAAUGAAAGUUUAGAUGAGAUAGUUGCACGUGAAAACAACUCUGAGACCACAUUAACUGCAUGGUUUAAAGCAAAUCAAUGUUUUCCAGCUGCAUGUGAACUAACAUAUGGUGACUUUCCUACUCAAUGGGUCUACAAUAGAGUACACAAGGAAUGGAAGCCUAGACAGAGAGGAAAUACUAUUGGUCAGAUGUAUUUUGUACAUCCAAAAGCUGGAGAACGAUACUAUCUUCGUAUGCUACUAAACAUAGUGCAUGGUGCAACAUCUUUUGAGCAUCUUAAAACAGUCAAUAAUGUCUUUUAUUCUACUUUUAAAGAUGCCUGUGAAGCUUUAGGUUUGCUUCAAGAUGAUAAAGAAUGGGAUGACUGUUUGAAUGAGGCUCAACGUAUACAAUCUGGAUCCCAAAUGCGGUAUCUGUUUGCUACUAUUCUUAUGUUUUGUUAUCCUACUCACCCAGAAUUGCUUUGGCAAAAAUACAUCACUGCUUUUAGUGAUGAUAUACUGUUUCAAGCCUGUUCAGAUGCUGAAAAUAACCCUGCCUAUACAUUUAUUGAUUCUGAUAUACACAAUAUAGCAUUAAAUCAAUUAGAAGCUAUAUUAAUCAGAAAUGGAUUCUGUCUUGCUAACUUUCCAGACAUGCCUGUACCAAUUCCAUUAUCUGAAGAUCAUGUUCACCAGAAUUAUUUACUUGCAAAAGAAUUGCAGUAUGACCAUGAUCUUCUUAAAGUUAGAGCUCAAGAGGCCUAUUCAUGUUUAAACCCAGAACAACUAUCUAUUUUUGAUGCAGUAAUUAUGGCUGUUGAAAAUCAACAACCUGCUGUAUUUUUUGUGGAUGGCCCUGGAGGUUCAGGUAAGACAUUUUUAUAUAGUGCUAUAUUAGACAAGAUCAGGUCCACUGGACAUAUAGCACUUGCAGUAGCUACCUCAGGUAUUGCAGCUCUUUUACUGGAUGGAGGCAGUACUGCACACUCACUUUUUCGAAUCCCAUUUGAAUUACAUGAGGAUUCAGUAUGUAAUAUAUCACAUGGUACAGAUCAUGCACUUCUUUUGCAGCAAGCAAGUCUUAUUGUUUGGGAUGAAGCUCCUAUGGCACAUCGGUUUGCACCAGAGGCUGUUGACCGAACUCUCAGAGAUUUAAUGAAAGCAGUAGAUCCUGACUUGCAAAACCAGCCAUUUGGUGGAAAAGUUAUUGUAUUUGGAGGUGAUUUUCGUCAAAUUUUGCCAGUAGUCCCUAAAGGAAGAAGAGAAGAUAUUGUCAGCUCCUGCUUAUUAUGCUCUCCCCUGUGGCAUCAUGUAAAAGUUAUAAAAUUAACUGUUAACAUGCGUUUACGACAAGCUGAAAGUACUGAGGAGACUAUUGAAUGCCAAAAUUUUGCUGAAUGGCUUUUGGAAAUUGGUGAAGAUCGUGCUGAACGGAUUGUUGAGAGAGGCAACUAUAUUAAACUUCCAGAUAAUAUUUGUCUCACUUCACAAAGUAUACAUGAAUUAAUAGAUUCUGUUUAUCCAAAUAUAUCUAUUCAUGCUG